AUGCGCGCUUCCCACCUUCUCGCCGGCCUGGCCAGCCUCCUCGCUCUCACCUCCGCCGCACCAACCCCAGGCGGCAUCACCGUCACGACCGUGACCACCGACGCCUCCCUCGAGCUCGGCAAAGUGAAGCUCUGCAACGGUCUUCGCCAGCAGGGUAACUGCGUCACCGUCAACGCGCACCUGCAGUGCAUCCAGCUCGACGCGCCCGCGCGCUUCAACGUGCAGUCCAUCAUCCAGAGCAAAGGUAACCUGUGUUCCUACUCGCAGGGCAACCGGUGCGACAACACCGCUUUCACGAUUGACUCCGGAUCGAACGAGCAGGCCGCGGAUGUCAGUUCUAAGUGGCCACCCGUGCUGACGGGCGUUAUCUGCCUCCCGUACUCUAAAGCUGGGGCUAGCACCAACAAAGCCGCCGUGAAGAUACUUCCUCUUCCUCAGGAAGAUGCUGCUGCUGCACAUACCAUCGACACCCGUGCCAAGUCCACAACCGAAACAACACCACACCACCUAACCUCCUCCGUUUCUCCCGUCGGCGACACACUCCUCUGCGCCCCAGACAUCAACCCCGGCCCCUGCUUCAAGAUCUCCGCCACCAGCCAGUGCGUCUCCCUCCAUCCCACCAUCUCCCGCCAAGUCCGCACGAUCUACCAGAACAAGGGUUCUUACUGCGAGUAUUUCAGGACCGAUGAUUGUUGUGGCAGGCUGGGGUAUAGCGAUUCGACGCGCCAGAAUGUGAGGACGAGCGUGCCGGAGCUGAUUGGUGGGCAGAUGGGGAGCGCGAUGUGUCGGCCGAGUGCGUUCGGUGAGGGAGGUGAGGUGGAGGGUGGGGAUGGAUUUGCGCCUGCUACCUUCGUUGCUGAUCCAGAGGGCAUCUAGGUGCACGACUCGCGCCUUAGGCUCUGAAGGAACUCCUCGAUUGACACUGGACGAGAACUUGAUCGGCGAGGACUGAUGGACGGCUCUCAAACACAUCGUGGACAGUUUCUAUAGAGCUAUUUGGAUGCUCUGGACGUCCUCGCUACAUCACGGCAAGAGAACGGGAUUUCAUGACGGGGAGAAGAAUACUUUGAACAUACAUGGGGAAAGCGUGUUCAGACGAAUCUCGUAGAGUAGCGUCAGGCACAG